ACCAAGUCUUUUACUAAUGUUUAUACAUGUGAAUUCUCUGUUAUUUAAUCAAAUUUAAUUUGUGCGUAAAAUAUGCAGAACUGCCAGAAAUUAUUCCGCAUUGCACCGCUGAUUUGCAAAAGCAGCCGCACCAUCAGUACAACAACUCCACUUGAAGGCAAACGUAAUUUUCGCAAGUUUCUCGCGCCCAACAAGCGAGGCACACGCAGUGUCAAGUUAGCCCAAAAAACUUUAGCCAAUCCACCUGUGCCUAUUGACAAGCGCGGCGUACGGGACACCGGCGUCACCAUUGACGGCAAAUAUGUAGAGAUACCAGAACGUAUACCCGAGUUAAUAGUGCCAGAUUUAACCGAUUGUAAACUGAAGCCUUACGUCUCAUACAAGGCGCCAGAAGUGGUACAAUCGGAGUUCACCAGCUUGGACUUGUUUAAUGCAGUGUAUUCCCAAAAGAUCAUUGCAGACUUCAAGGAGGGUAAACUAAACGAAGAUGGCAGUCCAUUAAAUCCAUCCAAGGAAGAACAAUUGAACGCUGACGAGGCUUUGAUACGCGCACGUAAAACCGGUUCAGAUAUAUUCUAAAGAGUAUGCUUUAUUAUUUAUUGUUUUUUGUGUAGUACCUAGUACCUAUACUAACAUAUAUAAGUUUAAACUACUCCUGAUAAUAUCUUUGCCGGUAAUUAAAUAGUUUGCGCAACCACUUUUCCGCCUUGAGAUCUGCGUCGCCAAUGAACUGCAAAAUGUUAAGAAUAUACAUAUUUCAAUAAAAAUUGUUUUAAAAACUAUGAUUUUCUUA